AAAACGGGUCAUUAUACGCUUAUCUUUAAGACUGUUCAAAAAUAUACAGAUAAGUGACAUCGCGACGUUGUCCUUUUGUACCUAUAAAUUGCUCUUUGGUUUGUCUCUUCUUAAUAAGUGACAGGGAGCACGCGUCUCUAAUGCCGUAACCUCUCAAACUCACCCUGAAUGGAACCCGUUAGGGAUCGAUGCACUGUAGAUUCCACGGGGAUUCCAGACCCCGGGAAGCUGGGAUCCGCCCCUGGUUGUCGUGCUUCCAUCGAUCUCAUCGGUCCCAGGCCAGCUCGUUCUUUCAAGGUUUUUAUCGAUAUCAUUCACUUCACAUAUUAGCGAUUGUUUUAAUAACCACUUAAGGAAACGAAGGCAAUUAUGCGGGUCAAUCAGGGUCUCUCAACCUGAAAAACCGGGGUCCGAUUUCGCAACCGCUCACCAAGCUUACAGGGAGGUCGCUUUCCGAGGAGGCGGUUAAGUUAUCAUAAUAUCUGGGACAAGUGCAUGUUAGUGGAGGUGUUGAGUUGAACUCAUAAACAAACUUUGAAUAAAAGAAAUAAAAAAGAUAAAUAUACUAUUAAAUCACUGCAUAGUAAGGUGAAGUUGUUUAUGUUGUCCGAGGCCUGCAUCCCCAUCCCUAUAGCUCACCGUAAAGGAGGUUAUUUGUGACCUCAUUAUGCUACGUCAUCAGGUGCUCCGCCCGCAGCGUUGUAACACUUUAAGAUGAUGUCGGAGCUCACGCGGACGAGAAGCCGGCCGGGCCUUUCAAAAGCAGCAGCUCUUCGAUGCAGCGCUCAGAACUCGCUGAAAGUUCUUAGGGAACGCUGUCGUCUAGAGACGCGCUUCAAAACCUAACUUAAUUGUAACAAGUAAUAGCGAACUAGCAUCAAAAAGAAUGGCUACGUUGUUGCUGUCCAUGUAUAAGGUCCUCAUCGACGGAGUGAGCGUCCAGAGCUUGAUCCACGCAGUGCUGCUGACGCUUGCUGUCAUCGAGUCUUGGUUCCUCAUUCGCAGGGUGUCGCGUCUGCCUCCGGGGCCCCGCGGUCUCCCCAUCGUGGGGAGUCUCCCUUGGCUUGCCAAGGACUCCCACCUCGUGCUGAUGAACUGGGCAAAGAAAUAUGGGAACAUCUUCACCGUGAACUUCGGAUCGCGCAAAGUGAUCGUGCUCAACGAGCUGGAGACUAUCAAAGAAGCGUUUUUGAAGAAGAGUGCCCAGUUUGCCGGACGCCCCGAUCUGCCCAGUUUGAAGGCGCUGUUAAAGCGAAAGGGUAUCUUGUCCAGCGACCACGGCCACGGCUUCUCCGCUCGGCGCCGCUUCGCGCUCCAGCUGCUAAGAGAGAUGGGCAUUGGCCAACCAAAGUUGGAGGAAAUGAUGCAGAGCGAGGUUGAGAUCCUGGUGCAGGCCAUUGGUCAACACGCUGCCGCGGGAGAACCCUUCGAAGUCACCGAGAUGGUCAAUCUCGCCGUAGCCAACGUCAUUUUCAUGAUGGUGUUCCAGAAACGGUUCGACCAGGAUGACAAGCUGUUCAAAGAGCUCCUCCGCUGCGUGAACCGCAACGCCGUGCUUGCCGCCGCGGCCGCCGCGCAGAAUUUCCUCCCAUUUCUCCAAAUACCCUGGCUUCCGGUGAACAAGGAGUUGGCGUACAACAGAGCCGUUAUCAAGAACACAAUUCAGACCUGGAUUCAGCAGUCGAAAGACACCUACGAUCCUGCCGUCACGCGUGGUUUCCUCGACGCCAUGAUGCACGAGAAGUCGCGGCACGAGGGCGAUCCGGAAUUCUCCGACGAACAAUUGACCAUCAUGGUGUUCGACUUGCUGUGUGCGGGCUACGAAACCACGGCCACCUCUCUGCGCUGGGCUCUGUUCUUCAUGCUGCACUGCCCGGAUGUUCAAAGCCGAGUGCAGGACGAACUGGACUCGCUUCUGGAAGAUGAUGUCACUGCGACCAGUUACUACCACCGGCGGCACUCCCCGUACACUCAAGCCACGCUGAUGGAGAUCAACAGGCGCAGCACAAUCGUCCCUCUUGGUCUGCCACGAGCUACCACAGAAGACGUCAGUUUUAACGGGUACACAAUCCCCAAAAAUACGAUGGUGAUUGCCAACCUGUGGUCUGUGAUGAUGAACGAAAAGUAUUGGCCGGAGCCGGAGGAGUUCAGGCCUGAGAGAUUCCUAGAUGAAAAUGGAGGCCUUUUACGGAAUAAACCAGAUGCUUUUAUUCCGUUCUCAGUGGGUAGACGUUCAUGCAUCGGGGAGGCCUUCGUAAAAACUGAGCUGUUCGUUUUCUUCUCCACCAUCCUCAGAAAUUUCACGUUUACUCCUCCCGAGGGUGAAGAGCUUCCUCCUGUUAAGGGGAAGCAAGGGCUGACCCUUACGCCUCCCCGAUACCGGCUGUGCGCCACGCCGAGAUUUUCAAAACGGGUUGUGAAUGCCUCUUUAUAAAGGUAAAUAAUUCUAUGGACUGGUAGGAAAGGUGUACUAAAGAAACGGACGUGGCCAAGUUGAAGAUGUUCAAUCAUUCAGUUGCUGACGUCAAUAUUGAGUUGCUGACGUCAUUAUUGAAUUACUGUCGUCAUUAUAAAGUUGUUGACCUUAUUGUAACCCCUACAGUGCCGGCUGCGUAUGGAGACCAAGAAAAAACCAAAGAGCUUUGUGGCAAAAAAGACAGCAUUAUCGGCUGCUGAAAUCAAUAUGUAUUGAUAAAAAGCCACUUACGUGAGAAAUAAUAUGUAUUGAUAAAAAGCCACUUAUGUGAGAAAUAACGUUUUUAUUUCCACAAGAGAAGAGUGCAAUUUGACUAAGACUACAUAUAUGAUGGUAUCACUUUUAUGAAAUGUGACGUAUUAUGUCUAAUAUGAAAAGAUGCGUCAUUAUUUGAACAUCAGUGCAUGACAUGACAUCACGAUUUGACGUCAUUCGGGCAGUUUUUAAAACCUAGAGGUAAAUAUAUAACACUAUGACGGUUUUAAAGUAUGAAAUGAUCGUCGACACACACGUAUAUCCACUAGGACCAAGAGCAAAUGUGAUAGGUGUUGUUAUGAAUUGACGUUUUGUCAUCCAGAACUGCCAAUAUUGUGAGACAUUUUGUUGUACAAUCAGUAUUCUAUGUCUGUAUAAUAUUAUAUUUGCUGUAAAAGCUGUUUACCGUUUGUGAUUAAAAAAUAAACAGUUCAGGUAGAGUCUAGGUGAUCCUGUUGCAAAAUGAGAUAAUGAAAAAGGAAAGAAGCAUAAAAGUUCUCUCCAGAUCAUUGCUAAGGUAUUAUUGUAAAAUAUUUUUGACAAAUAUUCAAUUGGCCCUUUCUCUUAAGUAUGUUGUGGCAUAAUCAAAGGGACAUGAAGUGCCAUCUGAACUUACUUUGUACUGCGUUAUAUUUAUUUGUCAAUGCAACAAAUACAUUUCUUUUCACAUUGUAUAACAGAAAAGAAAAUGUCGUACUCAUUUGUAACAUAUAGAUUAGAAAUGUAUAUAUGUACAAAAUUUGAUCUGUAAUAAUUAUUUUUUCAAGAAACAUAAAAUUGUGUUCCUUGUGUCAGUGUUGUAGUCAAAGAUUCAAAAUAAAGUUAUUCUCUUAA